AUGACCACUGUACCACUCGAUAAGUUUGAUCCUAACAAAGCCGAGAAUUUGGAUGAGAUCGAAAAACAAUUCGCUGUCGUUGCGGUCCAGCAUGCUGAAAUAUACUGGAGGAUCUUGAGGAAGCCACCCCAGUCAAUACGUUUGACAAAGAUCGACGAUGCUAUAUUCGAAGCAUUCAGAGAGGGGUUCCCAGAGUUAUUCGCUGAUACGAAGCAGAUUGAGGUCGUAGACGAGGACUCGAUGAAGAGCCCAGGUAAUAAGACGCGAUGGAGAAAAUGGAUCGAACAGUUUAAAGACAAGGUGCAGGACUACAAUUUUGGGACACUGUUACGUAGGGACGCUCGCGUCGAAUAUACCGAGGACAACACAAUAUUCGUCGUUCGCAUGCAGUUCCUGGCAUUCGAGAUCGCUCGGAAUCGCAUGACUCUGAACGAUGAAGCACACUCCAAGGCAAAGGCGGAGGCAUCGUAA